AGCCCACAACCAAGGAAAACAAGAGAAGAGAGGCCAGAGAGCAUGGAGCUGGACUACUUAAUCCUUGCUGUGCUCGUCUUUGUUUCUCUUUACUAUCUUUUUCGUUUGUUGAAUGUUAAUAUUAAAUCCAGGCUUAAGCGCGACAGUGGCACCAAAAGUGAACUACUAGGGCUUGAGCUACCACCAGGAAGCACCGGUUGGCCGAUCAUCGGCGAAACCCUCGAGUAUCUACGCACAGCAAAACAGGGUGUCCCUGAAAAGUUCAUAGCAGACAGGAGAAACAAGCACUCGUCAUCAUUAUCAUGCAAGGUUUUCAAGACCUCUUUGCUACGCGAAUCUAUGGCCGUGCUGUGCACUGCUGCAGGGAACAAAUUUCUGUUUUCGAACGAGAACAAACUGGUCAAGUCUUGGUGGCCUGCAAACUUUGAGAAGAUCUUUGCCAACACUGAGAAAACAGACACCACCCAAGAGUCGAUUCGGUUGCGCAAAGUCUUGUCCCCAUUUCUCAAGCCUGAUGCUCUUCACAGGUACAUAGGGGUCAUGGACGAGGUCACCAAACAACAUCUGGACUUGUAUUGGUCAUCCUCCUCUUCCUCGUCGGUUGAUUAUGUAAAAGAAAAGGAUCAGAAAGUGAUUAUCAUAGUCUACCCAUUAGCCAAGAAGUACACCUUCACUUUAGCAUGUAGACUCUUCUUAAACAUUGAGGAUCCAAAGCUAGUUGCCAAACUAGAGGAGUCAAUUCGGCAUAUAUCUUCGGGCUUCAUUUCGCUACCAAUAGAUUUGCCAGGCACGAAAUUCAACCGAGCCAUUCGAGCAUCCAAGCAAAUCAAGAAGGAAAUUGAGGAGAUGGUUAAGCAGAGGAGGACAGAUCUACAUCUUCAUCUUUUGGAGACUAGUAGUAACCAUCAUCAAGAUUUGUUGUCUAGGUUGCUCAUGGAGACAUAUAGCGAUGGGAAAGAGCUGAUGAAGGAAUCAGACAUUGCCAACAAGUUGUAUGGUCUAAUAGUCGGUGCUUACGACAAUAUAAGUACCACCUUGGUGUCGAUUAUCAUGUUUCUGUCGCAGCUUCCUCAUGUUUAUGAUGCCGUCCUUAAAGAGCAAAUGGAGAUUGCAGAAUCAAAGGCAGAAGGGGAGUUGCUGAACUGGGAUGACUUGCAGAAGAUGAAAUAUUCAUGGAGCGUGGCAUGUGAAGCAUUGAGAUUGUUGCCACCAAUUCUCGGAACUUUUAGAGAGGCCAUUACCGACUUUGCGUACGAAGGAUACAUGAUUCCAAAAGGAAUGAAGUUACACUGGAAUAUGUAUGCCACACAUAAAAACCCGGAAUACUUCCCAGAUCCAGAGAAGUUCGACCCGUCAAGGUUCCAAGGACAAGGACCAGCUCCUUAUUCAUAUGUUCCUUUUGGAGGAGGACCUCGAAUGUGUCCAGGAAAAGAAUAUGCUCGGUUCAAGAUAUUGGUUUUCAUGCAUAAUGUUGUCACUAGAUUUAAAUGGGAGAUGGUUUUUCCAGACGAAAAAAUGAUCAUGGACCCGGUUCUUAUUCCUACAAAAGGACUUCCUAUUCGCCUUUUUCCUCAUCAAUCAUCAUCCUCAUGAUCCAUCACAGACCAGAAGGAGAGCAUGUUGGCCUCUCUAGCUAUUAUUGUAACUGUGUCUCAAUAAUCUGGGAUAUUUUCAGUUCAGUCUUCAGUGAAAAUCCGAUCCCAUACAAUUCAGUAUUUCAGUUAAUAGCUAUAGUUUUAUUAAUAAUGGAGCUGUUGAGCAACUCCUCCCGGAAGCAACAGGCCUGGGCAUCAACAAGCAGACCACGUUCAUCUUUAAUAUAUCUGCUACUUCUGUAUGCUUGUCUCUUCUAACUUUUUUUUUGUUUUGGCA